GCUCGUCCGGAGGAAGCCCGUCGUCGCGAUUGUGAACGACGAAGCUCACGAAAUAAGCGCGGGAGUGAAUAUCGGCGAAUAACACGAGUCCACGAGUGCAGCUCGAUGUGGGUAACGCCAGUGCGCCAUUCCGCUGACAGAUUCCUCCGAGCGGUGAUAUGACAACGCGAGUUUACCGCACGAGACUGAUUCGCACGAGGGUGGUGAUGUCGCAAAGGUGGCCGGCCGUGUGCUAUCUUGGAUCACAUCCCACGGAUCGAUGACGACGAAGUAGCAGAGCGAAUGCGGACGACAGCGGACGAGACGCGAUAAAGCGCCGAAGGCGGCGAGUUGCGAGGAGGCGAAUUAAACGAGUGACGAAGCGCUGCAACCCGCGGACAAAGGAUGUCGGUCUUGGGGAUGUCCUGCUACGAGGACGGCUUUCGAUUGGGCGGCCCGCCGUCCGAGUGCUCUCUCAGGAGCAAGGCGCAGAUCGACGCACUCUUCGAGGACUCCAGAUCGAUCUGCAGCUCCGCUCUGGGCGGAUGGUACGCCAGCGCGAUCCCAACUAGUCCCGACGACGCGGGCGCCGACGAGCAGAAGAGGGUGAACAGCGCCGUCCAAGCGCGCAUCGAGGCGAUGUUCGCGUCGGUGGAGGCCGAAAGUGGAACGCCCGGUGAAUGCGCCGCCGCAAUCCUGCCGGUAAAGUACAUGGGAGCUGCUCCGGUCGGCGGGCGCGUGGCCAGCGUGCGUGGUCUUCAGGAGCCUCUUCGUCAGCUGUUGGAGCGCAUGCAAGGCUGCAUAAGGGCCGAGCUGGAGGUCUCCAGACGCGGCUUGACGUUCCGCACCAGCGAGGUCUGCGAAAAGAACAAUCCUUUCCGCAGGAUAGCGGUAUGGAGUGCCCUAAGGCUUCGAUGCAAGAGAGUGCCAUCGGGUGACCUGCAUCAUGCUUUCCUGCCUCUGGUCGGCGAUCAGGAUCAGGGACAGACGAUGGAAGACAGACAUGCCGAUCUCUACAGGACAAUGCGCGGUUUGAAGAGUGACGUAGAGUUCUAUCCGCCGAUCUUCGCAGUGGUGAUGCGACGGCCCGGGGCUGCCAGGCUCUUGGAAUGCCACGCGUUCGCCUGCGAGUCCGAAGAAGAUGCCGUGGCAGCCGCGGCGACGCUGUACCGCGCUCUUCUGGCCGACCUGGACGCGAAUCGCCGACGACCCCGUCACACGAACGGCGUCGGCUGCAUCAGUCUAGCGUCCGUCGUCUCCAGCGUCCGAGAGCCUAGUCUGAGCAGCAGGAUCAGCUAUUUGCUACCUCCGCCGCCAAGGCCAACCGCGCCGCACCCUGUGAGGCCACCCCGAACCAAAAAGACGUCCGUCAGCAGUUCCGUCACGGAGGAGGAGGGCGCGAAGCCCAGUCUGCAGAAGGUACCUCGCAGGAAGAAGAAAAACUCCGACGUGAAGGCGGAGGACAUUCUCGAAGCGCGUGGAAGGAAACGAGAUAACGUGAAGAUCGACAAGGGCAGUUUGGGGCAAAGUAAUCGAGACAUCGUGCUGUCGAGGGAUGAGGAGCUGCAGAAUUCGAGGAACAAGCUGUUCUCCGCGAAGGACUCGCUGCGGAUACUGAUCGAGUCCAGCGCGAAAACCGAGAAGAUGUACAGCGGCCGGGAUAACGAAGCGAACGGGAUUUUCGACAGGCGGUCGAACAAGUAUGAGAAGAUGUGCAAGCAGAACAGCCCGCAGAAGGAGCCGGCUGAUCUGAAGGACGAUGUUUACGAGUCCGGCAAUUACGGGUCGUACGACCUGAGUCGCGCGAGCGCCGAGAACGUCGCUUGCGAACGACAGUUGUACUCCUCCAGGACCGAUUGCGUUCUCUUGUACGACAGGAUCGACAAGGCCGGAAGGAACGAAGGGCCGAAUCCUGCGACGUAUGAGCCAGCCGGCAGGAAGAAAGAAAACAUUUACAACACACGCAUUGAAGACGCCGACAAGAUCUACAGUCUCGGGAAGGAGGACGUUUACACGACAAAGAGCAGCAGGGACGAUCGGGGUCAGGUGAAAAGCUGCCAGGAGGACGUGUUCUUCGCGAAGAGCUCGAAGAGUAACGAACGCUAUCAGUCGCAUCAGGAACAGCCCAAGGACGACGGCACGGCGGGUCAGCAGAGACGCUCGAGAGACCCGGAGAAGGUGUACUCCGGCAAGAGAGUCAGCCGAGUCGUCACCAUGGAUAAGCCUCUGAAGAAAGACCAAUCAGAUGCCGCUUACUCGCUCGACAUGCCGGAGUACAGCCGUCCUCGGAUGAGAAGACGAAGUAGAGCGGGCAGCGAGCCGCCGGUCAGCCAUUCGGAGAACACCAGCAAGGUCUUGCAAGAGAACGGACUCAGGCGGACGCAGAGCGACAUCGACGUAGAUCGGGGAGACCUGAUGACGAGGGUCGAGCUGCCGAGAAGAGGCAGCUUCUUGACCUCCGGAAGUACCCGGAGGCCUAACAAUAUCAAGGGAGGCACACCGCUAGGGUUCACGGAACUGUUCGACGAGUUCAGGAAUCAGGAGGGGUUGACCAGCGUGGACGACAUUCUGGCAGCCAUUAUAGACCCUGAAGGUAUGUCGUUCAACGACCUGAAGCCACUCUACAAGGAAUUCUUGCUGAAACUGGCCGCGACGCUGACGCAGGACGAACUGUACCAGAGGUCCGCCAGUAUCAUGAGAAGACGUCGGCGACCGCAGAGACGGCGAUCCAGCCGUCGGUCCUGCUUGCUGGGCAGAGCCAUCAAGAGAUCCGUCUCGAGGCUGAAAGGCGGUCCUACGGAAUUCACGUCCGUCAUAUUCCCAGCGAGAAGACUGAACGACAGUUUCGGCAGCAGCUCGUCGUGCGACGUCAGAAACAAUCAUCGGAACCGAGUGUUGGCGAGCAGACUCGGCAAGAGGAAGUCUUCCUGGCGGAAGAGCAAAACCGGGGCAUGUCACACGACCUCGGAAGACAGUGACACGUGUAGACGAUUGAGUCGCGGUAUGGCUGCCACCGCGAACAGGAGCAGCAGCGGAUACGUGAGUUGCAGCGAGUGCAGCUACGAUUCCGAGUCGUGCACCUGCGUGUCCGCGGACAAGUGUUACUGCUCGUUAUCGAGGAGAGUGCCGGCUACCUCUGUACCUGAAAACACGGUUGUCUGCGCCUGCGAUACGGACAGCUGCUCCGAGAGUAACAAGUGUUACUGCGCGAGGAAGCCGAUUCAGCCGACGAUAUUGGAGCAACUCAGGCAAAAGGGAAUCGUGCCUUCGGAGAGUACGCUCAGCCGAGGCGACAGUCCCGACAGGAUCAAGGGCUCGAGGAUGACCGGUAGUCACAGCUCGUCGCAUAACACGGACUUUCUCAAGAAUCAAUCAUCGCCAGCCUGCGGCAGUUCGGACAAUUUAGCUUUAGAUUACGAUCUCUUCAGUCCAGGAAGGAAGUCUCAGCAGUCGUCCGGCAGCGAGAAGGUCCUUGUCGUUAGCGCUAGGGACACUCAAGGUCGUUUGGUUUACGUCGGCGGCGCGGAGAGAGACAAGAAGUAUUCUUCUCGUGGCAACGGAAGAUCCGGUGCGCAUCACGAGGCGCUCUCCAUAAAGAAGAGCGCGGAAAUCGCUGCGGUCUUCGGCGCAGGGGAGACCAAUAGAAUCUCCAGAAGGGCUAGUAACGCGUCGAGCAUAAGAAGUUCGAUCAGUCUCGAGGCUGGAUUGGGUUAUUUACCCUGAUAGAGCCGCUUGAAUUAUCUGCAAGUACUCAAAUAUUCAAUAUUUAAUACUG